UGCGGGAGAGGUGGGAGACCUUCCUCCCUGUUUGCGGACUUGCGCGGACACUCUAAUUUUCCACCAUUGAGGAGCGGAGAUUAAGAGAACCAGCUACAACUCCUUGGAUCUCACCAGGCUCCCUUUUGCGGCGAAAGACCACAUUUGAGCAUCUCGCCGAGAUGCGGGAAUGGAAGAAGCCACCUUGCAGCUUCUCCGCGGUGUGGCUUGCCUGACUUACCCCUAGGAAUGAAGAGGAGACUUGUAAUAACCCGACGAGGCACUGAAAACCAAAUGGCAAAGAAGGUAUCACAGGACAUUUGGGAGGAACACACACCUUUGUGAGUGUAAUUGGACGAGUGGGAAAGAGGUUCCCUCUUAAAAAGCACAACAAUCCUUUGAGAGAAAUUGAGUUUCCCCAUUUUGCCAAGAUAUUGAAGACAAAUCAAUGUAUUGUACGUUUGAUGUAAGAUGAGAACUUUAUGAAGUUUUCUGUCCAAGAGCUUAAACGAUGACUACCCCAGCCCUGCUGCCCCUCUCUGGACGUAGGAUACCACCUCUAAACCUGGGGCCACCCUCCUUCCCACAUCACAGGGCUACCUUGAGACUUUCUGAGAAGUUCAUCCUUCUCCUGAUUCUUAGUGCCUUCAUCACCCUGUGUUUUGGGGCAUUCUUUUUCCUACCAGACUCUUCAAAACACAAACGCUUUGAUCUGGGUUUAGAAGAUGUGUUAAUUCCUCAUGUUGAUGCCAUGAAAGGGGCUAAAAACCCUGAAGUCUUCCUGAUCCAUGGACCCGAUGAACACAGACACAGGGAAGAAGAAGAACGUCUGAGAAAUAAAAUUCGAGCUGAUCAUGAGAAGGCCCUAGAAGAAGCAAAAGAAAAAUUAAAAAAGUCAAGAGAGGAAAUUCGAGCAGAAAUUCAGACAGAGAAAAACAAGGUAGCUCAAGAAAUAAAGAGCAAAGAGAAGAAGCCACUGCCACCAGUCCCUAUUCCAAACCUGAUAGGAAUAAAUGGUGGAGACCCAGAAGAUAAUGAUACGAGAGAGAAAAGGGAAAAAAUUAAAGAGAUGAUGAAACAUGCCUGGGAUAAUUAUAGGACAUAUGGGUGGGGACAUAAUGAACUUCGACCUAUUGCCAGGAAAGGGCACUCCACUAACAUAUUUGGAAGUUCACAAAUGGGUGCUACCAUAGUAGAUGCUUUGGAUACCCUUUAUAUCAUGGGGCUUCAUGCUGAAUUUCUAGAUGGGCAAAGAUGGGUUGAAGAGAACCUUGAUUUCAGUGUGAAUUCAGAGGUGUCUGUGUUUGAAGUCAACAUUCGAUUUAUUGGAGGCCUGCUUGCAGCAUAUUACCUUUCAGGAGAGGAGAUAUUCAAGAUUAAAGCAGUGCAAUUAGCGGAGAAACUUCUUCCUGCCUUUAAUACACCGACUGGGAUUCCCUGGGCAAUGGUGAACCUGAAAAGUGGAGUAGGCCGGAACUGGGGCUGGGCGUCUGCAGGUAGCAGCAUCCUGGCUGAAUUUGGUACACUACAUAUGGAGUUUGUCCAUCUCAGCUACUUGACAGGGGACCUGGUUUACUACAAAAAGGUCAUGCACAUUCGGAAACUACUUCAGAAAAUGGAUCGUCCAAAUGGUCUUUAUCCAAAUUAUUUGAACCCAAGAACAGGACGCUGGGGUCAGUAUCAUACAUCAGUUGGUGGUCUAGGAGACAGUUUUUAUGAAUACUUAUUGAAAGCAUGGUUGAUGUCAGAUAAAACAGACCACGAGGCAAGAAAGAUGUAUGAUGAUGCUAUUGAGGCUAUAGAAAAACAUCUUAUUAAGAAGUCCCGCGGAGGUCUUGUCUUUAUUGGAGAAUGGAAGAAUGGACACUUGGAAAAGAAGAUGGGGCAUUUGACCUGCUUUGCUGGGGGAAUGUUUGCACUAGGAGCAGAUGGUUCCAGAACAGAUAAAGCUGGUCAUUAUUUAGAGCUAGGGGCGGAAAUUGCACGUACAUGUCAUGAAUCAUAUGACAGAACUGCAUUAAAACUAGGUCCUGAAUCAUUCAAGUUCGAUGGUGCAGUGGAGGCUGUGGCUGUCCGGCAGGCUGAAAAGUAUUACAUCCUCCGUCCAGAAGUAAUUGAAACCUAUUGGUACCUAUGGCGAUUCACUCAUGAUCCAAGAUACAGGCAGUGGGGCUGGGAAGCAGCACUGGCCAUUGAAAAGUAUUGCCGAGUCACUGGUGGAUUUUCUGGGAUCAAGGAUGUAUAUUCCUCUAUUCCUACACAUGAUGAUGUACAGCAGAGCUUCUUUCUUGCUGAAACAUUAAAAUAUUUGUAUCUGCUGUUCUCUGGUGAUGAUCUUUUACCUUUAGAUCACUGGGUGUUUAACACAGAGGCUCACCCUCUGCCCGUGUUACAUUUAGCCAACACCACACUUUCAGGUAAUCCUGCUGUUCGAUGAAAGCAGCUCCAGAAGGACGAUUCUCACCGGUGUUUUGUUUACAUGGACCACUAUAGAAAUUAGUCUGGAGAGGUGGCUUUUGAAAACCUGGACCUCUAAUUCAAAAUGGCGGGGUAAAACUCUUCCCCUGAAAGACUUUUCAACUUGUAGAUAUAUCAACUUUGAAAUUAUUCCAUUUUAUACCUGACCAAAACGUGUUCUGGUAUGUGCUUUGAUUCUCUGUGAGGUGGUCAUAUGAGAAGUGAUUCCGAUUACAACUAGAUUGUUUUUAGAGUCCCGGAGGCUAGACUUCCUAACAGCAACCACGAUUACAAAGGACCUUGAGAAGCUAAGGAUGGCCUUGGAACCAGUUAUAUAUUUGUUUCCUCCUACGGUGGAACAGCUUUCAAAUCAAAUAUUUACACAUUGUUUAUCCCUUUUUUUCUUCAUUGUAAUAAUGGAAUGAACUAGGAUAAAUAAGAAUGAAAGAAUAAUAUAAUUGCAUCAGUGACAAGAAGACUUGAAAAAAGAACAGAGGUAUCUGUCCCUGUCUGAAUUUUGAGUUCCCCAUUGGAUAACCAGACUGGCAAUCAUUUCAAAUCCCAAUCUGUUUUAUUGAAAUCUUUUGAUUAAAUUUAAUUUUCUCAGGAGGUAUGAUCUCACAAAGAAUACUCUCUGUCUUUGUCUCCCUAUGAAGCUGCUGUUGGUCACACCCACUGCUUCCCGGCCUGGGUUUGGGGUUUCGUGCAUGUAGUACAGUCUCGUGUUGGUAGCAUGACAACAAGUGGGGAAAAUGCCGCAGUUUAUUGCCUUGAAACCUGUUCUAAAAGAAGGCCUUGGUUUUAUUGGUAGAUUAUUUUCUGAAUUUCAUCCUCUUAAAUGUCAUAAUAAAGUGAGUAGAGUCAUUCAACUUACAACUUUAUUUACGUGGCGUGGCAAAUUGACUAUACUGUUAUGCAGCUCUGAAUUUGCCUUGAUAAGCUAAAUUAGUUUUAUAACUUACUAGAUCAAGAAUAAAACAGUGAAACUUUCUGAAAUAUUGUACCUGGAAUGGGGAUAGGGGAUUCUUUAUUAUGUCAUCAGAUGAAUGAGCUAUUCACAAGUAUUUUAUGUUUUUUAUUUUCUCUAAGGACAUUUAUAGAAAUCCAAAGAAUUAAUGAGAAUAGCUUAAAAAUAAUUUUUAGUGAUCAAAGUGUGAUAUGAUUAUAUCACACUACAAUUGGGUUAUGUUUAUGAUACUUUACCAUCAAUAGGUUUUUCUUUUUAAAGAAAUACUAUUUCUUUAUAUUUUGGCAGGAAGAAGUUAAAUUUUAUCAAGAACUAUAAGAUUAAUACCUCGUGCUUAUAAAUUUUCUGUCCCUUGAAUUUAAUGACAGUGUAAGGCGCUUUUUUCUAUUUUCAUUUAAUACAGACAACUUCAUUGAUGUUAAUAAAAGUUAGAAACAGUUUAAUUAGUCUUUCAUUUAUUCUGAAUUUGAAAAUUUCAUGAAACAAAGUUUAUACAAGAAGCCCACCUUGGAAUUCUGCAGACCUGUUUCCUUGUUUGAUAGCUAUUCUCCUUAACCCACAAUUAGCUUGUAGAUUUAAGUUGGGAAAAGAUUUAGCAAGUUAUUUAGUUAAACAUUCCAAAAAUUGAUUGUCCUAUACCGCAAAGGAUCAGCUAUACCUUAUAGUUCAGCCAAUGAUCUACAAGUGAAAGCCAUCCCCAAUUUAAGUCUUUAAGAGAGUUAAAUUUUAGCACAUAUUUUGAAAUGCUAAAUGUCUUUUACUAUUAGAGCAUAUAAAAUUUUAAAUGAGAAUGGUAGGUGACUAUCACUUUAGAAAAGGGACAGUAUUUGGUUCUCAAAAAAUAGUUAGCCUUACUCUUAAAAAUAGCACAAGCCCACUUAUAAAUCACCAAAAAAAAAAAAAAAAAAUCAAAAAACUUGAGUUUUGGCAAAGACCCAGAGCAGCUGUUCAGAUGGCAGUCAACUCUCAUUUUGUUUAGGAGAAUGCGGAGUAAAGGGACCAAGGUUCCUCGGGAACUUCUCAAGGGAUGAGGGGAAAAAAACCCUGUCCCCAAGUGCUCAGUUAGUAUUACUCAGAUGACCAGAGGUUGACAGAAGGGAAAGUAUACAAGCAAGGUCAGUUAUGGUCCAGACAAAGAAUUUGAAAGGGACAGUGGGAGAGUCUUCCCCUUGACCUCACCUUCUUUGUGAUGGUAAAUCUAGAGCUUAUAACAAUGGUUGUGUUUUCUUUUCUGAAUACCAAAGGCAGUUGAAGUCAGCUACAAGUGACUUGCCAGUGUUGUUUUAUUUUUGUUAUGAAUUUUUUAAGUUAUUUCCUCCAAGAUCAAUCCAUCCCACAUUCUGCUUAGUUUUCAAGAGUAUUCUUUACUUUCUUCUUUCCUUUACAGUUCUUUGCAUUUUGUAGACCUUUUUUCUCAGGUUAAGUACUCAUUGCAUUUAUAAGAUUCUCUAAAAGAACCCAGAAAUGUUCCUUUCCAGGUGCCACCUCAAAGGGUUGACACCUCACCUUGUGACUUUGGUACAAAUGUGCAGAAAAGAUAGAUCAGUUGGAAUAUUUUAAAAAAAAAAUGGGAAUGUCAAAUUCUCCUCUGCCUUCUACAUUUAUUUCUUGUCAAUUUAGAAUUACAUUUUUGGUUCAAAUCAGAUUUUUUUUUUCAUUUAACCAAUAAAAAGUUAUUAAAACCAAGAGAAUGGGGCCCUAAACAAAAAGAAAUCUCAGUGUAGAAAAAUAAGUCCCUAGUCAAGAAGUUCUUACUUUCUGGUAGGUUGCAUAUUUAGGUCUCUCUAACACCAACCUAUUUCUGCCUUUGAGCAGAUGUUUAUAUGUAUAAGUAAAAUAUGGGUAUUGAAGGAAUACAUUUUUUGUGUAUGGAAUAUUGAUCCUGAUUCCCUAUGAUGUCAUCUAGGGCAACCCAGGGCUUCGCUUAGUGGAUUUUAACCAAGCAGUGUGAAAUGUUGGUGAUUAUGGUCUCAUCUCCACUUUCCAUUGCCAAAGUCCCUAUCAAGCCUCCAGAUUUGCUGUUGAAAGAUUGUGCUUGCUUUUCUCAUAAUAAUGCAGUUUCUCCUUAAGCCAGAUUUCUUUGAAUGAGUGUAUGAAUAAAUGAGAGCAUGAAUAAACAAACAUUGGUGAAGUACCUAACACAUGCCUGGCACUUUCAAGCAUUAGAACAUUUUAUGUGAGUCCAAUGGCAUUUUCUGUAUGAGAAUAGUUCAAAUCAUUUUAAAUGUUGUCCAGUAUGAAUCAUGUUACAAAAUCCUUAAUUUUGUAUUUCACAUAAAUUAAAGAAGAAAAGGUUUAUAAUAUAUUUUAAACAAUGUGUUACUAUAUACUACUACUAAAGUCUCUUGGAAAAUAUCAAAGAAAUACUUGAUUUCUGAUGCAACUUUGCUAAAAUAUUUACUUUAGAAAUAAAAUGCUCUUAUUUUACUAUAUCACUUUAAUUACAUAAUUAAAAAUCAAUGUUUUAUAGAAGUGCUGAUUUUAUAUUCAAAGGUUUUGUCAUGUAAUUCAUGGUUGAAACUUGUAAAUUGUCUUUGCUCUGGUGUGGGUCCUACUGAUGGUCCCAUGCUGUUAAAUAUAAAGGAAAACAUACUAAAAUAUUUCCAAGUUCCAAAUAACAGUUCCUAGUAAUAAUAUGUUUAGUUCUUAUUUUCUUUUAGGUUUCUUACACUCAUACUGGCCAGCUCUUAUCCUCUCUUUAUAUAGCUAUAUACAUAAAUACAAUUAUAGAAAGUUUUUUUAUACUCUUUGUUAAUUAACACACACAGUUGAUAACUGGUUUUGGCUUCACAAAUUAUAAGCAGAAUAUUAGAGUAGUCACAUAUGAUGUGGAGAUAUUUCAAUCCACUUAUUUUGGUUCAAGAACAUUGGUGAAGAUGAUUUUCUAUUCAUCUCAUUCAGAUCAUUAUGGAGAUGCUCCUUUUGAUCUAUAACCAAUCAGCAAGCUUUUCUGAAAAAGGAAAGAUGAUAAAUAUUCCAGGCCAUGCAAGCUGUAUAGUCUCUCUUACUACUCAAUUCUAGCAUGAAAGCAGCUAUUGAUAAUAUGUAAAUGAAUGGCUGUAGCUGUGGUCCAGUAGAAUUUUAUCUAUAAAAAUGGAGGGCUGAAUUUGUUCCAUGGGUCAUAGUUGCUGACCCUAGUCCCAAGUUUAAUUUGUGUAAGAUCCUUUAACCUUUGAUCUGUAUCUUUUUUGAUUUUUGAUUUAAGUAAUUCAUUUUUGAAACAAAAAGAUGUGCAUAUGUAUGAUUGUAUGUAUUGGUAUAACCUAAAGCUGUAUGGUUUGUUGUCUUGAAAGAACAUAGAUAUACUCUUCCUGGAGUCUGUUCAGGUUUCAGGAUGAUAAGAUGACUAGGCAUGAAAGAGGCAGAAAGUGUGUGUGGGGAGGUGGGUGUGCUAUCUGUCAGCCCUUAUUCUCGCUUGGUCAUUUGAUGCCCUAAUUCCAGAUUCCCAUGUAAGAGGAAGGCCUGUGUGUUGUCAGAUGUUCUCUCCACAUUCUGCCGGCUCACUGACCCUUGGACCAGGACUCUCCACAAAAUUAAGAUAAAUUUCUGAUGUUUGUGCUAUAGAAGCCAGUCCUCUGAACAAUUCUAAGCCAAAAAAAAAAAAAAAUGGUUUAUGUGCCUCGUUUGCCACAUGGCAAGCCUCUGUUCCUUUUUUACACUGUAGAAGGGCACUGCCCCUGUGACCUCUAGAACAUCCUAAGACUGAGGAGUGCUGAGAAAAGAUACGUCCAAAAGAAGAGCUCCCUUUGUCUUUUCUUGCUUGACUUUCCUCAGUUCCUUUAAAAGUCAAUAGCUUUUUUUCAGAAUAUCAGUUAUGUAUUUUUCAAUUGAAGCAUACGUCAGCCUUAUACUUUCAUUUCUUAACACCUAAAUCCAUUUCAAACUUGGUUUGAGCCCAGCAAUUACAAUUACAAAAAUUACAUAAAAUUGCCCAUGGAAUUACAUAAUACCAUACUCCUAGCAUACAUGUUUCAAUGACAGAUGAUAGGCUUCUCACUAAGACAUUUAUCAAAUAUUUCACUAUUUUUUGAAUUUCUAGAGGAGGGGACUCCUAUAUUCAGAAUGAUAGAGGAAAUAGUCUCUCUUCCACAUUAUAAUAUACACGUGGUCUUUCUCGGUCUAACACACUGUAAGGUUGCUUCAGCUCAGUGUGAAUAUUAAGUGUGGGCAUAUACCAUAUACAUACACGUUAAUAUGCAGAAGAUUUUAAAUAUAUUACUACAGAAUUCUACUGCAAGUUGCAUACCAGAAAACCUCAUGAAGAAAAUAAGCUCAGCUCUUUGGUGGAAAAAGUUAUUUUUUUAGAAAAUUUAGAAUUUUUUGCUGAAUUAAUAAGUACAGUAUCCCCACUUUAAUUACUGGAUUUGGAAGUUGAAAUGCCAUUCUUCAAUCUCACUGGUCUCGAAUUCACUGAUAAAAAACUUUCCCGAAAUGAGUGAGUGGAGUAAAUAAGGUGUAACCUCCUAAACUGGGACCAGCCACUGGCUGCUCCUGAAUGGAUUUCUAGUCAUGUCCUCCAUUAUGUGAUUUUUACAAGUUAAAAGUAAUGUUCUAUAUUAAAGAUCAAAUAAAGAUGUUCUUUAA